CUGGGCUCCUAGCCUUUGAGUAACACUUCAAGUUUCUUUUGAACUGGAGAAAAAUGCAUGUUGUGUUACAUGUGAUGAGGCACCUCUCCCCAUCUGCACCCCACUUUCCAAAAGUCUAGAUCUGCCCAUGGAUGCAUGCAGUCCCUGCCUCUGCUUGGUGAACUGUUGGCAGGAAACCUCUGGGAGCUGGAUUGGUUUAUGUUGGCCUUGCUUUCCCUGAAGCCAUUGGCAUGUUGAAAUAUAUAUUUAAAAAUCUGUCCUGAAUUGUGAAAUAAAGUUGACUUCUCAGGCUUCUUAGCUGGGGUGGUAUUUCUUUCAGCCUGUAUCUAGCAUUCCCUUUUCCCUUCUAGGAGUGUCCUCUUCAAUGUAGGUUAGAGCUGAAUGAGAAGCAAAAGUGCAUACCUCAGGAGCUUGACCUAAAAAGUGAUCUGAAAAGGCCACCUGAAAAACAGGUUGUUUGGGAGGGGUGGGGACAGAAAGUAUACGGUGCAUAAAAAGGCCUGUAAGAUUCUUUUUUUUUCUUCCACGGCAGUAUCAAAAAUAUCUAGUCUGAUUUGAUUUUUUCCUCCAUGGUUUGCUUGGCCUCAAGGCCAUGAUUAUGACCUCUGAUACUUUAACUGAAGGGGCAAAGCUGGCAGCGAUGUGACAGCCUUGAUUCACAAUGUUAGUCAUUCGGGUUAUCAAAAACAAACAAACCAGUGACUUUUGAACAGUCUGAAUUUCCUUUUCAGGUGAUCAGCUUUCCACUCUCUCUCUCAGCUCAUGUGAUUUCACAAGUUCACUUGUUCUCCACACCCUUUGCCUUACAGCCUUGUCAGCUGCCUCCAGAGUCUGCUGCUCUUUGGGAUCCCCUCAAUCCAAAAUAUAUCAUGUAUUAUUACUAAUAGGUUACCUGUGCACAGUCAGCCAUUGGGGGAAAAAAAAUCAUCAAUCCUUAAAGAAUUAGCAGAAGAGUCCCCAGCACUGCUCAGCCAGGAUGGGAUGGGAAGCUAGACUUGCAAAAUCUAUAGCAGUAUUACAAUGCCUAGUGCCAAGAUGGUGGUCCUUUCCAAGGAAUAUGGCUACGUGGUCCUGACUGGUGCUGCUAGUUUUGUCUUGAUCACACACCUUGCAGUGAAUGUGGCGAAGGCUCGCAAGAAGUACAAUAUAGAGUAUCCAAUCAUGUAUAGCACAGAUCCUGAUAAUGGACAUAUCUUCAACUGCAUCCAGCGUGCACACCAGAACACGUUGGAAGUUUACCCCGCCUUCCUAUUCUUUCUAGCUACAGGUGGAGCGUACCACCCGCGUGUUGCUGUUGGGCUUGGCCAUGCCUGGAUCAUUGGGAGAAUACUGUAUGCCUAUGGCUAUUACACAGGAGAUCCCAAAAAGAGAAGACGAGGAGGCAUUGGUUCAAUCGCACUUAUUGGAUUGGUGGGAAACGCUCUGUAUUCAGCCCUUCAGCACCUCGGCUGGGUUGCCACUGAGUAACUGACCUGCAGAUACCUGUGCUCUCCCUGGAGAAUCUGAUGUUUUCUUUUUUUUUUUUUUUGUGGGGUGGGGAGCAGUUCCAGUAAUACAAUCCUUAAUUUCCA